UAUGACUAUUGCUCAACAACUGCACUGUUAAAAGAGGCGAAGAUCCUUGACGUAUUUUCUUCAGGAUUUCCAAAAGGAUUUUAAAAUAACUCUGUCGUGUUGUUGUCUCGAAGAGUAAUAACUCACUAUGGAGAUACCUGUCAUAGAUUUCAGCGUUUACGAACUGGAAAAUACAAAUUUAUCAGUUGAUAACUUGAAGAAGUUAAGUGACGAACUAAGAAGCGCCUUUACCGAGGUGGGAUUUGUUUAUCUGAAAAACACGGGCAUCAGUCAGGACGAGGUGGACAAAGUUAUGGUUGUUUCAAAGAAGUUCUUCUGCUUGCCAGAGAGCAUGAAGAGAACUUUCAGCCGGGGCAGUUUCUCGUGUAAUGGAAACCACGGCUGGGUCUCGGUAGAAACGGAGAGUUUGAAUCCUCGACGUCCCGGGGAUCUGAAGGAGGCGUUUAAUACAGCAUCUUUGCGCUCGGAUAUUAGUUGGCCUUCAGAAGGAGUUGAUGACUUUCGAGAUGUGCAAGUAUCAUUUUUCCUGCGCUGCAAGGAGCUUUCUCUCAGAGUGCUCCGACUGAUGGCUCUUGGUUUGGGCCUGGAAUCAGAGGCCUUUCUCAGCGCACAUAAACACAUUGGAAGUGAUGUGAAUGGAACAACAUUACGGGCUCUGUACUACCCUCCGGUGAACAGCAGAUGUGUGAAGGGAGAUCAGCUGCGCUGUGGUGAACACUCCGAUUAUGGGAGUAUCACUUUGGUCUUCCAAAGUCCAGAGGGUGGACUGCAGGUCCUGAACCGGGCUGGUGAGUACAUUUCAGCCCCCAGCAUUCCUGGAACAGUUCUGAUUAACAUAGCAGACCUGAUGCAAAGGUGGACUAGCGAUGUCUAUGUGUCUGCCGUUCAUAGGGUUUUGCUGCCCCCUGCAGGUGACUCUGGCACACGUCAGUCUUUGGCCUUCUUUGUACAACCAGAUGACGAGGCCAUCAUUUCAUGCUGUGAUGGAUCAGAUAAAUAUCCUCCUGUGAAGUCAAUUGACUACCUUUUAUCAAGGUUCAAGGAUUCGUACAGCAAAAAAUAGAUCCUAGUUAAAGUGGAAUGAUAUGAUUUUGUAUGUUUGGAAAAAACUAAAUUAAGUGAUAAUCAAUAGAGAACACAGUUGAAGCUUAGAUAAUUUAAUACAUUGUAGAGAAUCGUAAAGCACAGUCACUUAAUCCGAAAUUACAAAGGAUGCUCAAACAAUAAUAAUAAAAAAAAUCCAUACCUA